UUGCUCGAAGAGUCUUGAAUGCGAGGCAACUAAACGGGUGGAUAGGGACGGUGCCACCUGUAAUCCCCCGCGUACAGGUCGCCCCUGCUCCUCAUCAUCUCUUCACCUCUCGCUCUCCUCCGAUCCCGACCGAGAACAAGAAAUUGAGCAGAGUUGUUGAUUGUUGAAUUCAUCUCCUUGAGGUUGGGAUUUGCAUGGAUGAGAAGAAGGAGAAGGAGGAGGAGGACCCAGACGCCACGGCAGCGGACGUGCGGUCCAAUCCGUCCCAGCGGAAGCCCAUCUCUUACAGCCAGCCCCUUGGUCGCGAUGCCGCUGUCCUCAGCACCUCCGCCCGCCGCAGCGUUCUCCGCAAGUACAGCCUCGACGAUGACGCCCGCACCUGCACCUCCUCCGAAAACCGCGCCGCUUUCACCCACACCUUCUCUCUAGACAGCCGCGGCGGAGGGUCCUCCAUCCCUGACUCCGAUGGGGCGCUCACCCUUGAGCGCGUCAUGUCGGAGUACGGCGGAGCCCCCGGGAAGAUCCCCGAAUUCACGGGCAGCGGAGGUGGUGCCGGCAUCUUUCGAGUUCCCCUGCGCACCGCGAUGCACCCCGACCGGCCGCCCGCCCUCGAGCUGCGGCCUCAUCCGCUCCGGGACACCCAGGCCGGCUCCUUCCUCCGCACCAUCGUUUGCAUCCAAUCCCAGCUCUGGGCGGGCCAGGAGUCCGGGAUGCGCGUGUGGAACCUCAAAGACGUCUUCGGAGAAUGGGAGGCCGGCGGACUCGCUAAAAAGGGCGAUGAAUACAGCGCUCCCUUCAGGGAGUCGUGCCGCACGUCGCCGACCCUGUGCGUGGAGGUUGAUGCCGCCAAUGGGUUGAUAUGGAGCGGACACAAGGAUGGAAAGAUCCGUUCAUGGAAGAUGGACCAGCCAACCACCACGAUUUCUGCUGGAGAUGCUGGUAGAGUUUCUCCGAUUAGAGAAGGCCUCUCGUGGCAAGCGCAUAACCGCUCUCCCGUGCUGUCGAUGGUCAUCACUUCUUAUGGUGAAAUUUGGUCAGGUUCUGAGGGGGGAGUUAUAAAGGCUUGGCCUUGUGAUUCCAUUAAAAAAGCCCUUUCUUUCACUUUUGAGGAAAGACAUAUGGCUGCAUUACUAAUUGAGAGGUCGUUUGUUGACUUGAGGAGCCAAGCUAUGACAAAUGGUGUUUGGAACUUGCCUACAACGGAUGUGAAAUUCAUGGCAUCUGAUAAUUGCAGAUCCAAAGUAUGGACUGUCACUAGCUUAUCCUUUGCACUAUGGGAUUCUCGCACAAGGGAUCUUCUUAAAGUGUUUGGUAUAGAUGGCCAAGUAGAGAAUCGAGUUGAUAUUCCAUCUUCACAAGAUCCAUCUUUGGACGAUGAAAUGAAGACAAAGAUUGGUUCCUCAUCAAAGAAGGAAAAGUCGCAGGGUUCGGUUGGUUUUUUCCAGCGUUCACGUAAUGCCAUUCUAGGAGCAGCUGGUGUUGUUCGCAGAGUUGCAUCAAAGGGACCAUUCGGAGAAGAUAAUCAGAGAACAGAAGCAAUAACUACAUCAACAGAUGGAAUGGUUUGGACUGGAUGUACAAAUGGAACACUAGUUCAGUGGGAUGGAAAUGGGAAUCGAUUGCAAGAGGUUCUGCAUCAUUGUUCUUCUGUUCAGUGUAUCUGUACACAUGGGCCACGGUUAUGGGUGGGUUAUGCUAGUGGCAAUAUUCAGAUCUUUGAUCUUGAUUGCAAUCUGAUUGGAGAAUGGAUUGCACAUAGCAGUCCAGUUAUAAAGAUGGCUGUUGGAGGCUCAUAUAUAUUCACACUGGCACAACAUGGCGGGAUACGUGGGUGGAAUAUAAGAUCUCCUGGACCUAUUGAUGAUUUAUUGCGAAUAGAACUUGCCCAAAAGGAGCAAUCAUAUACAAAAUUUGAAAAUCUUAAGAUCUUAGCUGGAACUUGGAAUGUUGGACAAGAAAGAGCAUCUCCUGAUUCCCUCAUGUCCUGGUUGGGUACCGCAGCAUCAGAAGUUGAUUUAGUUGUAGUUGGGUUGCAAGAGGUGGAAAUGGGGGCAGGAUUCCUGGCAAUGUCUGCUGCUAAAGAAAGUGUAGGAAUUGAGGGAAGUGCUAAUGGCCAGUGGUGGUUAGAUACUAUAGGCAAUACUCUAGAUGAAAGAACAUCCUUUCAGCGGAUUGGUUCCAGGCAGCUGGCAGGGUUACUCAUUGCUGCAUGGGCUAGGAAGGACCUUCAGUCACAUAUUGGUGAUGUUGAUGUUGCGGCUGUUCCAUGCGGAUUGGGACGUACGAUAGGAAACAAGGGAGCUGUGGGCUUGAGGAUAAGAACCUAUGGCAGAAUAAUAUGUUUUGUAAACUGUCAUUUUGCUGCUCACCUGGAGGCAGUGAGCAGGAGGAAUGCUGAUUUUGAUCAUGUUUAUCGAACAAUGGCUUUCAGCCGGUCAACUACUGGACUUGGUGCAGCAGGCGCUGCUACUUCUGUCCAAUUGCAUCGUUCUGUGAAUGUUGCAACAGUUCAGCCUGAUGAUGGGAAACCUGACUUGUCAGAAGCUGAUAUGGUGGUUUUUCUGGGUGACUUUAAUUAUCGGCUUCAUAGCAUAUCUUAUGAUGAAGCUAGGGACAUGGUGUCUCAAAGAUGUUUUGAUUGGCUUAGAGAGAAGGAUCAGCUCCGGGCAGAAAUGAAAGCAGGGAAAGUCUUCCAAGGAAUGCGUGAAGGGCAAAUUAAAUUUCCUCCAACAUACAAGUUUGAAAGACAUCAAGUAGGUCUAGCAGGAUAUGAUUCAAGCGAGAAAAAACGUAUCCCUGCAUGGUGUGAUAGAAUAUUGUAUCGUGACAGUCGCUCAAUUUCAGUGGCUGAAUGCUCACUAAAGUGUCCCGUAGUCUCUUCCAUCACACUGUAUGAAGCAUGUAUGGAUGUUACUGAUAGUGAUCACAAGCCUGUUAGGUGCAUAUUUUGUGUGGAAAUUGCACAUAGAGAUGAGUUGAUAAGGAGGCAAGAGUAUGGACGAAUAAUAACAACAAAUGAGAAGAUAAGAUCCUUGCUUGAAGAAUCCUGUGCUGUUCCAGAAAUUGUUGUUAGUACUAACAACAUAAUCCUGCAAAACCAAGAUGCUUCCAUUCUUCGUAUCACAAAUAAGUGUGAAAAGUACAAAGCUGUCUUUCAGAUCAUUUGUGAAGGCCAGGCCACAAUUGGGGAGGAUAGAAAUGCAUCAGAGUUUUCUGCUAGAUGCUCCUUUGGUUUUCCUCUCUGGCUAGAGGUUUAUCCUGCUAGUGGCAUAAUCAAGCCUGGACAAACAAUAGAAGUUUCAGUGCUUCAUGAUGAUUACUGCACUAAAGAAGAAUAUGUUGAUGGAGUUGCACAGAACUCUUGGUGUGAAGACAAUAGGGACAAAGAAGUACUAUUGCUAAUACAAGUCACCGGAACUGGCUCCACAGACAGCAAAGCACAUAAGGUUGCAGUACGUCAUUCCUCGCCUGGAGCUGAGUGCGGUGAUAGAAAAGAACAUAGAAAAAGGAACCAAUCAAGUCAUCUGCACAGGUCAGAUGUUCGGGACUUUGGCAGUUCAUCCACGGGAGUUCCCAACUUAUCAAUAUCAAGUGCGCGUCGUCCAUGAGGUUGCACAAGUCAUGGACUGCACAAGUCUAUACAAAAUAGAUCCAGUGCAAUUGACAUAAAAAAUUCCUUGUAUAUAAUUCACAAGCAUAAACCAAAUUAAUUCUUUCCAGCAACUAAUUAAAGUUCUUGCGGAAGUAACUGAUCAGUUGACUGAGGAAAUGUUUUGUGUUGUUGUAUAGUAUUAUGGCAGAGUGAGAAAUAGAUUUUUGGAUAGGGUUAAAAUUAUAGUUUUGGAACAAAUCUUACAACAAACCAAUGUUUGACUGAAAUUAUGUGGAACGCAUUCCAUGUACUGAAAACAUAUUAAAGAGCCAAGCACUGGAAUGACAAAUGGAAACUAAAGAGCCAAUUCUAAAUUAUGCUGAUCUUUUUUUAAAUUGCUCUGUUUGGAAACUCAAGACAUGUAUACUUUUAUAUUUU